GCUACCUAUGAAAGUAGUGCACCAUCAGUACAUCCUUUGCCACCGAAGAAGAAAAAAUCUAAUCCAAGUCCAUAUCACAGCACCUUUAAGGAACCUUUUGCCAGACAAGGAAUUACUGGAGCUGCAAUUAAAGGCAUAAUCUAUACACCUUUAAGUUCUAGAGAGGAUCAACGAGACAAUUACUACUGGACUGUGAGACUACUGAGAGACCAGUGGAGCCAUGCUGAGAGGCCUGUUUCAGAGGAAACCAAAACAUGAGAGACUGGAGGAGGAACCCGAAGUCAGAUUUAAGGGAUUGCUGGUGUCAGAGAGAGACCUAGGAUACACAUAUGUCCAACCUGGAGGCUCCGACUAUUCUCCUCCUCCCCCCCUGCCUCGGCCUCCUCCCCCCGGCCUGACAAACGAGCACAGUGGCAGUGGGAGCCAUGGUGAACAUGGUGGAGGAGGGGGUGGGGUCAACCACGGGGUGGGCGUGGUGGGCCUGGCUCCGGAGCACAUCCCCACACCGGGGGCGGCCCUGAGCUGGCAGGCGGCCAUCGACGCUGCACGGCAGGCAAAGAUGAUGGGCAAUGCCGCAUCGGGUGGAGGGGCGGGGCUUGGGUUGGGAGGGGGCGGGCCCAUCUCCACGGCCAGCUCCACGCAAAGGAAGAGGCAACACUAUAGCUCUAAGCCCAAGAAACAGACAACGACGACAGCCACAAGGCCGCCACGGGCCCUACUCUGUCUCACACUCAAGAACCCCAUCCGCAGGGCCUGCAUCAGCAUCGUAGAGUGGAAACCAUUCGAGAUCAUCAUCCUGAUGACCAUUUUUGCCAACUGUGUGGCCUUAGCUGUCUACAUCCCCUUCCCUGAGGAUGACUCAAAUGCCACCAACUCCAACCUGGAGCGUGUGGAGUACCUGUUCCUCAUCAUUUUCACGGUGGAGGCGUUCCUGAAGGUAAUAGCCUAUGGCCUGCUCUUCCACCCCAACGCCUACCUGAGAAACGGCUGGAAUCUGCUCGACUUCAUCAUCGUAGUCGUAGGGUUAUUCAGCGCAAUCUUGGAGCAGGCCACCAAGGGGGACGGGGCCACUCCUAUUGGAGGGAAGGCAGCAGGCUUCGAUGUCAAGGCUCUGAGGGCUUUCAGAGUACUCAGACCCCUCAGACUGGUCUCUGGAGUACCAAGUUUACAGGUAGUGUUGAACUCCAUAAUCAAAGCCAUGGUUCCUCUGCUCCAUAUCGCUCUGCUGGUCCUCUUCGUCAUCAUCAUCUAUGCCAUUAUCGGCCUGGAGCUCUUCAUGGGCAAGAUGCACAAGACCUGCUAUCACAAGCAUAUAGGCACCGUCGCAGAGGAAAAGCCGGCACCAUGUGCACCUGAUGGAGCUUAUGGUCGACAAUGUACACAGAAUGGGACAGAGUGCAAAGUGGGAUGGGAGGGCCCAAACGAUGGCAUCACCAACUUUGACAACUUUGCCUUUGCCAUGUUAACGGUGUUCCAGUGUAUAACCAUGGAGGGCUGGACGGACGUGCUAUACUGGAUGCAGGAUGCUAUGGGCUAUGAGCUGCCAUGGGUCUAUUUUGUCUCUCUCGUCAUCUUCGGCUCCUUUUUCGUUCUCAAUCUCGUUCUGGGGGUGUUGAGCGGAGAGUUUUCCAAGGAGAGGGAGAAGGCCAAGGCACGUGGUGACUUCCAGAAACUCAGAGAAAAACAGCAACUGGAGGAGGACCUCAAGGGCUAUUUAGACUGGAUCACUCAGGCUGAAGACAUUGACCCAGAGAAUGAAGAGGAGGGCAUGGACGAUGACAAACCCAGAAACCGAGUGUCUCCAGCCCACCUUGGUAAGAAGACCAGUAAGCUUGCCUGGUUCAGUCACUCUACUGACUCUCAGGACGUGAGCAUGCCAGCCAGUGAGAAUGAAUCAGUCAACACAGACAACGCCCCCGGGGGAGAUGUGGAGGGUGAGACCUGCUGUACCCGGCUAGCAAAUAGGAUCUCCAAAUCCAAGUUCAGUCGCUACUCGCGAAGGUGGAACAGGCUAUGCAGAAGGAAGUGCCGGGCAGCAGUCAAAUCGCAGGUUUUCUAUUGGCUGGUCAUCUUCCUGGUUUUCCUCAACACUCUGACCAUUGCCUCUGAACGUCACCAGCAGCCACAGUGGUUAACUGAUGUACAAGACAUAGCUAAUAAGGUGUUGCUAGCACUCUUCACUGGUGAGAUGCUGUUGAAGAUGUACAGUCUGGGCCUACAGGCGUACUUUGUUUCGCUCUUUAAUCGCUUUGACAGCUUCGUAGUAUGUGGAGGAAUUCUGGAAACCAUUCUGGUGGAAACCAAGAUCAUGUCUCCUCUCGGCAUCUCUGUGUUACGUUGUGUACGCUUGCUAAGAAUCUUCAAAAUAACCAGAUACUGGAACUCACUGUCCAACCUGGUGGCCUCCCUGCUAAACUCUGUUCGCUCCAUCGCUUCCCUGUUGCUCCUGCUCUUCCUCUUCAUCAUCAUCUUCUCCCUGCUCGGCAUGCAGCUCUUUGGGGGAAAAUUCAACUUUGACGAUACCCGACGUAGCACCUUUGACAACUUUCCCCAGUCUCUGCUCACUGUGUUUCAGAUCCUAACAGGAGAGGACUGGAACUCUGUGAUGUAUGAUGGAAUCAUGGCAUAUGGUGGACCGUCCUUCCCUGGCAUGCUGGUCUGCAUCUACUUCAUCAUCCUCUUCAUCUGCGGAAACUAUAUCCUACUGAAUGUCUUCUUGGCCAUCGCUGUAGACAAUCUGGCAGAUGCUGAGAGCCUGACAUCUGCCCAGAAAGAAGAGGAAGAGGAGAAAGAGAGGAAGAAAUUGGCCAGGCUUGCCAGCCCAGAGAAGCGUCAUGACAAUGAGAAGCCGCCUCUGGAGGAGGAGAGGAAGGAGAAAAUUGAGCUGAAGUCCAUCACUUCUGAUGGAGAGACCAACACUGCUACUAAGAUCAACAUGGAUGACUACUGUGGAGAUGAGAGUGAAGAGAAGAAUCCAUAUCCUGCAAAUGAUUACAUAGGAGAUGAGGAUGACGAUGAGCCAGAGAUGCCAGUGGGCCCGAGGCCGCGGCCACUCUCCGACAUUCAGCUGAAGGAGAAGGCCGUUCCGAUGCCUGAGGCCCGUGCUUUCUUCAUCUUCAGCCACACCAACAAAUUCAGGGUUCUGUGCCAUAAGAUCGUCAACCACAACAUCUUCACCAACCUCAUCCUCUUCUUCAUCCUGCUCAGCAGCAUCAGUCUGGCAGCAGAAGACCCAGUCAAGAAUGACUCCUUCAGAAACCAGAUUUUGGGCUAUGCAGAUCAUGUCUUCACUGGACUCUUCACCAUAGAGAUCAUUCUUAAGAUGACAGCCUAUGGAGCCUUCCUCCACAAAGGUUCAUUUUGUAGAAACUAUUUCAACAUCUUGGACCUGGUGGUGGUCAGUGUGUCCCUCAUCUCCUCUGGAAUACAGUCCAGCGCAAUUAAUGUGGUGAAGAUCCUGAGGGUUCUGCGAGUUCUCAGACCACUAAGGGCCAUCAACAGAGCCAAGGGACUAAAGCAUGUAGUGCAGUGCGUGUUUGUGGCCAUCAGAACCAUCGGCAAUAUUGUCAUCGUCACCACGUUGCUCCAGUUCAUGUUCGCCUGUAUUGGAGUACAACUCUUUAAGGGCAAGUUCUUCUACUGUACUGACAGCUCAAAACAGACACAGGCAGAGUGCAGGGGUUCCUACAUCAUGUAUAAGGAUGGCGAUGUGGGGAAGCCUGAAAGAGCCCAGAGAGUGUGGGAGAACAGUGACUUCAACUUUGAUGAUGUCCUGCAGGGCAUGAUGGCUCUGUUUGCUGUGUCUACUUUCGAGGGCUGGCCAGGGUUACUGUACCGGGCGAUAGACUCUCACGCUGAGGACGUCGGCCCCAUCUACAACUACCGCGUGGUUAUCUCCAUCUUCUUCAUCAUCUACAUCAUUAUCAUUGCCUUCUUCAUGAUGAACAUCUUCGUCGGUUUCGUCAUUGUCACAUUCCAGGAGCAAGGAGAGCAAGAAUAUAAGAACUGUGAGCUGGACAAGAACCAGCGUCAGUGUGUGGAGUAUGCCUUGAAGGCCCGUCCAUUGCGCCGCUACAUCCCUAAGAACCCCUACCAGUACAAGGUGUGGUAUGUGGUCAACUCCACCUACUUUGAGUACCUGAUGUUCACACUCAUCCUUCUCAACACCAUCUGUCUGGCCAUGCAGCAUCAUGGACAGACCAAAAAUUUCAAUGAUGCAAUGAACAUCCUCAACAUGCUCUUCACUGGACUCUUCACUGUGGAGAUGAUCCUUAAACUGAUUGCCUUCAAACCUAGGCAUUAUUUUGUUGAUGCAUGGAACACAUUUGAUGCCUUGAUAGUUGUGGGUAGCAUUGUUGACAUAGCGAUCACUGAGGUUAACGGACUGCAGAACUCUGAAGAGACCGCCAGGAUCUCCAUCACCUUCUUCCGGCUGUUCCGCGUGAUGAGGCUGGUGAAGCUGCUGUCUCGCGGGGAAGGGAUUCGGACCCUGCUGUGGACCUUCAUCAAAUCCUUCCAAGCUCUGCCCUACGUAGCUCUGCUUAUAGUGAUGCUUUUCUUCAUAUACGCAGUCAUAGGCAUGCAGAUGUUUGGUAAGAUAGCGCUGCGGGACCACACGCAGAUCAACAGGAACAACAAUUUCCAGACGUUCCCUCAGGCAGUUCUACUGCUCUUCAGAUGUGCAACAGGUGAGGCGUGGCAGGAGAUCAUGCUUGCGUGCUCGCCAAAUCGGCCGUGUGAGAAGGGAUCGACCAAUGAGAACAGCACAGCCAACGAGGAGUGUGGUAGCCAGUUUGCCAUCAUUUACUUCGUCAGUUUCUACAUGCUCUGUGCCUUUCUGAUCAUCAACCUGUUUGUGGCCGUCAUCAUGGACAACUUUGACUACCUGACGCGUGACUGGUCAAUCCUGGGGCCGCAUCAUCUUGAUGAAUUCAAGAGGAUCUGGGCUGAAUAUGACCCAGAAGCUAAGGGGAGGAUAAAGCACCUUGAUGUGGUGACUCUGCUCCGGAGAAUCCAGCCUCCCCUUGGUUUUGGAAAGCUGUGCCCCCACAGGGUGGCCUGCAAGCGUCUGGUGUCAAUGAACAUGCCUCUGAACAGCGAUGGAACAGUAAUGUUCAAUGCCACACUGUUUGCACUGGUCAGAACCGCACUCAGGAUUAAGACGGAAGGUAACCUGGAGCAGGCCAAUGAGGAACUGAGGGCAAUAGUGAAGAAGAUCUGGAAGAGAACCAGCAUGAAGCUCUUGGAUCAAGUAGUGCCCCCUGCUGGCGAUGACGAGGUAACAGUCGGAAAGUUCUACGCUACCUUCCUCAUCCAGGAAUAUUUCCGCAAGUUCAAGAAGAGGAAAGAACAAGGGCUGGUGGCCAAGGUGCCCCCCAAAACUGCCCUCUCUCUGCAGGCGGGCCUGCGGACGUUGCAUGAUAUCGGUCCAGAGAUUCGGAGGGCCAUCUCUGGAGACCUGACCGUGGAGGAGGAGCUGGAUAAAGGCCUGAAGGAGCCCGUGUCGGCUGCGUCCGAGGACGAUAUCUUCAGGCGUACGGGUGGGUUGUUCGGCAACCAUGUCAACUACUACAACCAGAGUGAUGGUCGCGGGUCCUUCCCACAGUCCUUCACUACCCAGCGUCCAUUGCAUAUCAGCCAGAAGGGCUCACCUUGCGAAGGCGAGAGCCCGUCCCACGAGAAGCUCAUGGACUCGACCACUUUCACCCCUUCCUCUUACUCCUCUUCGGGCUCCAACGCCAACAUCAACAAUGCCAAUAACACUGGCAUGGCUGGGGUGGCAACCCAGGGGAUCAGUCGAUUCCCAAGCCCAUCUAUAAGUACUGUGGAUGGGCACACAGGACAGCCACUCACCCCCAUCCUGUUGCCAAGAUCUGCGUGGUGCUUUCCUCCAAAGAGGACGUGUUUUUAUGACAACCUCAUGCGCUCGGACUCAAGUGACAGCCGUCUGGCAAUCUUACGAAGAGGAGAGGGGUCAACGGAGGAGACGUACGAUGAGAGCUAUGGCGACGACAGGGAGUACCAUGAGGACGACCACUCGCUCUCCUCUGACAUGCUAGUGUUUCAUGAUGAAACAUGCAAGCAGUUGACUCCCAUGGAGGAAGGAGAGGAGAUAGAGGACAGAAGAGGAGGAGGAGGGUGGCAGUCUCCCAGGAGAGUCUUCUUCUGCCCCACUUCUCUCGGGCGGAGAUCGUCCUUCCACCUGGAGUGUCUCAGGAGACAGUCAAGACCAGAUGUCUCCCAAAAGACGGCCGUACCCUUACACCUUGUGCAUCAUCAGGCGUUAGCAGUAGCAGGGUUGAGUCCUCUGCUAAGAAGGAGUCACUCACCUACCCUCUUCAGCCGGCUGUGCUCCACGCCUCCAGCCAGCCCCACAGCCCAUUGCAGUGAUGCCACCUACCAGCGAGUGCCCUCUCUGAGGCUAGAGGGCUCCAACUCUCAUGAAAAGCUCAAUACCAGCUUGCCCUCUGUCAACUGUGGGCCCUGGUACAGCGACAGUAAUGGGAACAGCCGGGGGCAUAGUCCUAGUCCCACCCCCAGCGUGUCGGUGUCCAGUCAAAGAGCACCACGGCCAGUGUCGCUCACAGUGCCCUCAUUACUGGGAAACGACUCCAGCUCGCUGUCUCACGGCAGCGCAGGCAGUCUGGUGGAGGCGGUGCUAAUAUCAGAGGGUUUGGGUCACUUCGCUCAGGACCCGUCAUUCAUCGAGGCGACCAAAGCCGAGUUGGCUGAUGCCUGUGACAUGACCAUCGAGGAGAUGGAGCACGCCGCCAACAACAUUCUCAACGGCAACACCACCACGAACGCCACCUCCAGCACCUCCUCCACCUCCCAGCACAGCCCCAACAGCAACCUCCUCCCCUUCCACACAGCAGCAGCAGCAACACACAGGGACCGAGUGGUCAGCUUGAGUACCAGCGAGGGCGGAGGAGAGUCCGGAGGAAGCAGAGGCUCCAUCCACGGGCCGUCCUCUGUGGAGGAGCUGCAGGAGCUACUAGCAGGAGGGAGAGGACAAGAAGAAGAGGAGGAAGAGGCAGGAGAGAGGGAGGAGGAGCACCAUAGAAGCUCUGUUGUGAUUGGAGGAGCGCAGCAGAGGAACAGCGGGCUGUUGGAGGACGAGGAUAUGGAGUGUGUGACAAGUUUGUAGGAGUCGGCUCGAUGGGUUCAAUCGGCCGACUGGCCCCUCUGACAUCAUCAGACUGACGCUUGUCAGUGCUGGGUAACAGUGCUGCGGCUGGCUCUGUCUGUCCCCGACCGUCAUACACACACACACACACACACACACACACACACACACAAACACACACACACACACACACAAUGUCUGCCUCUCUGCCAGACGUGACCGCUCUGGACAAUGGCGGCCAGUGACGCAACCUUGAACACCUGGUACGACUUUGUCGGUUUAUGAGUUUGUAUGUGCGUGAAUGUUUGUAGUAAAGUGUACCACACUAUACUCUAUACUAUCUGAGCGUAUGCUUGUGUGUGUGUGUGUGUGUGUGUGUGCCAUGAUUUUCUCUAUUUGUAUUUGUACGUGUGUGCGUGUGUUCCCCACACGUGUCUGAGUGUGUCUCUAAAGUGCCUCACAGUUUUAUCAUGUCCUCAAAGUGUGAAGAGCAGAAAAGUAGAGACAAGCAAAAAAAUGAAGGAAAGUAAGGAAAAGUAGAAAGGAAACAACAGAGGCAGGAAGUACUUUGAUAGAUUUCCUGCAUUCGACAUAGUGUGUUUGUUUUCAUUUCCUAUGCCUACUUUGGUGUUGUAUUAUUGUUGUUUGUCUGGCCGCCAUGAAGCCAGGUAGGGGACAACAGACCAGCGUGUGGGGGGGGUCAGUUAAGGACUCAAAUCUGACCGCACCCACUUGAGGUCAAAGGUCAACUCCUCCUUCCUGGUUCACUGAUGAUGAAGCGCUGUAUUGAGUAAAACGGGGGCGAAGAAAACCCUGUUUUAAAUCUCAUUUCUCCUCCUCUUCCAAAGCUAAGGAACCUUGGAGCACAGCCCUGCCAGCCUGGGGGCGGGAUUAAGGUGAUACACCACCCCCAGCCAAGGGGGGAAGGAUUUGAGGGAUGGACUAACACCCACAAUAGGGCUGCUCUAGGGGGCCACAGGCAGAGAGAGACACUCUCUGGCCAACAGGAAGCUAGCCAGCUCUUUUUUUCCACUGGUCACUAAUGGAGAGACAAACUCAACUUGUCGGUCACUCAGAUCUGGCUUUGCCUCCUCCGCCGCUUUUCCUUGUUUGGCCACGCCCACUUCCUGCCCCAAACAGGAAAUCGGAGGAGCAUCUGGUGGCUGAGCAGAGACAGCGAGCCCCCUUCUCUGCCUCUUACCUCGCCGUUCCUCACUCCUCCCUCUGUCCUUCCUCCCUUCUCUUUGGUUAUUCAACCAUCCGUCUCCCUCCAUCGCUGGGUUUUUGCUUUUUCAGCCCUCGGAGAGGCAUGUGUGUGCCGAACAGGGCAACAGAGACAGCAGGGUGAAGGAGAGAACGGGAGUGACCGAUUGAAAAGAAAACAGACUCGGGGCGUCGAUCCACACAGGAUCUGUCCGUCAAUCAACCUCACCUCCUUCUCCAAGACCCUCCUCUUCCUCUCAGUGGGGAAUCCUAUUGGAUUUGCUGUCACACACUCUCUACAGACCACGCCCACUAUGUAUUUAACAAUUCAAUAUUGUGCAAAACUGGCUAGCCAUGACUAUUUUGUUUUAUAUUCAUGAUGUUAUUGGUUUAAUUUAUCCUUGAUUUGUUUGCACAAUCGGGGUGCUGGUCUUAUAAAUGUAUUUUUGCUCGGUUUAUUUUAGGAGAAUUUUAAGAGGUUUUAAGUAUCGAAGCAGGGCGUAGAGUUUGCGUGCAAGUGUAAAAUUAUAUUUGUGCGUGCGGAUGUGUGUCUGCAUUUUAGUACAGGAUGUAUGUGUGUAUGAGUGCGUGAGAUAGUGUGUGUAUCUAAAAGGGGGGUCUUUCUCUCUAUCAGUAUGCACCUUUUACAGAUUGUAUCUAUUUAUUUAUUUAUUUUUCCCAGAAGAGAAAAAAAUGUGUGUGAG